UGCUACUCUGAGCUCUGGGAUUCCACCCUAUCCAUCCCAUCAAUCCGCUCUUCUCAGUCUUCAGCUUUAGGUCCCCAGCGGCGGCGAGGCGAUGGCGGCGCCGGUGACGGUGUACGGGCCGGUGAUCUCACCGGCGGUGGCCCGCGUGGCGGCCUGCCUCCUGGAGAAGGACGUGCCGUUCCAGAUCGAGCCGGUGGACAUGUCCAAGGGCGAGCACAAGUCGCCGUCCUUCCUCAAGCUCCAGCCCUUCGGCCAGGUCCCUGCCUUCAAGGACCACCUCACAACCGUCUUUGAGUCAAGGGCUAUUUGCCGUUACAUAUGUGAUCAGUAUGCGGACCGUGGUAACCAGGCGCUCUUUGGCAAGAAAGAAGAUGGUGCGGUUGGCCGUGCUGCCAUUGAACAAUGGAUAGAGUCUGAAGGCCAGAGCUUUAACCCACCGAGCCUGGCUAUUAUCUUCCAGCUUGCAUUUGCACCAAUGAUGGGCCGGGCCACUGACCUGGCUGUGGUUGAGCAGAAUGAAGCCAAACUCGCUAAGGUGCUUGAUGUGUAUGACCAACGGCUGGGGGAGAGCCAGUACUUUGCUGGUGAUGAUUUCUCCCUGGCCGACCUUGUGCACUUGCCCAAUGCGGAUUUCCUUGUGAACAGGACUAACAAGGCUGGCUUGAUCACCGAAAGAAAGAAUCUGGCUAGAUGGUGGGAUGAUGUCUCGGCUCGUCCUGCAUGGAAAAAGCUGGCAUUUAUUCCUCAUCUCAGUCAUCUGGGCAUUCGUCAGGACCCUGCUGUUAUUGCUGAAAAUGAGGAUAAACUGAAGCAGGUCCUUGAUGUUUAUGACGAAAUACUCUCCAAGAAUGAGUACCUGGCUGGUGAUGAAUUCACCUUGGCUGACCUUUCUCACCUUCCAAACUCGCACUACAUCGUGAAUACUGAAAGGGGAAGAAAGCUCUUCACUAACAAGAAGAAUGUGGCAAAAUGGUAUGACAAACUCUCCAAGCUCGAGACAUGGAAGCAGGUUGUCAAGAUGCAGAAGGAACAUCCUGGCGCAUUUGAGUAA